GACUGGGGCUGGCGGCCCGGCUCCCGGCACCGCUUCGCUCAGAGGAACGGCACGCGAGGCCUCCGCAGACCAGCCCGCAGGCUCGCUUGGGAGUCGGCUGGGGGACGCGGUGACGGUGGGGGGCCCUGCGCUGGAGCGGCUUGGCACCCUAGUUCCUGCGGUCCUGAGGGUCUGGCCCGCCGGAGAAAGGGAGAGACACAUCAGGAGGGGUCCCUUUGGCGAGACGUGCUCACCUGGGAUAGCAGUAGUCCGUGGCUGUGGUGUCCACCUGGGAGAGGGACCUUUCAGGCUGAAAGGAGCAAGUUCGGCCCUGGGACGUGGACGGCAGACUUUUUUUUCUGUCCAGACGCACCCUCGGGGCAAAGUAGGACGGAAAACUCCUCUGCUGCCCGCGUGGCAACUUCGUGGCGCGAGGAUGGGUUAGGAAGUUACUGUGCUUUGCUUUACAGAUGGGAAAAGUAAUAACCCUUUUUACUGUUCAAGGAGAAGAGAUCGGUUAAAAGUCUCACAUAAUAUCUUUAACCAUAAAGGACUCAGUGAAAUUAGGUACUUCCCUUCACACACGAAGAUCUCCAUUCAGCAAAUAUAAUACUUUAUGAGCACCUGCUUUCUGCCAACAUUGUUCUAAGCGCAGGGAACCAAGCCACGAGUAAGGCUACUUCUUCAUAGACAUAAAAAUCAAUAUUUGACUGGAAACGAAGCAUCACUUAAAAUCCUCUCAAAUUCCUAAUUCCAAAGAAUUGAUAACAUUUCUCUAAUCAAGAAAAGAAGUGAUUGACUGCAUGUUAAAAGUAUUCCAGCAUUAUUGGUCCUGUUAUUUUUCCUCUCCCUAAACUUGAGAAGAAAUAUGGAGAAAUGCUACUUGAUGACAGCUGUUGUCUUACUAGGACUAACAGUACGGUGGACAGUUUCUCUUAAUUCUUACUCAGGUGCUGGAAAGCCCCCUAUGUUUGGUGAUUAUGAAGCUCAGAGACACUGGCAAGAGAUUACUAUUAAUUUACCAAUCAAACAAUGGUAUUUUAACGGCAGUGAUAACAACUUACAGUAUUGGGGAUUGGACUAUCCACCUCUUACAGCUUAUCAUAGUCUUUUAUGUGCAUAUGUGGCAAAGUUUAUAAAUCCAGACUGGAUUGCUCUCCAUACAUCACGUGGAUAUGAGAGUCAGGCACAUAAGCUCUUCAUGCGUGCAACAGUGUUACUUGCUGAUUUGCUGAUUUACAUACCUGCAGUGGUUUUGUACUGUUGUUGUUUAAAAGAAAUCUCAACUAAGAAAAAGAUUGCUAAUGCAUUAUGCAUAUUGCUGUAUCCAGGCCUUAUUCUUAUCGACUAUGGACAUUUUCAAUAUAAUUCUGUGAGUCUUGGCUUUGCCUUGUGGGGUGUCCUUGGAGUAUCUUACGACUGGGACCUGCUGGGGUCCCUGGCGUUUUGCUUAGCUAUAAAUUAUAAGCAGAUGGAACUUUACCACUCCUUGCCAUUUUUUUGUUUUUUACUUGGCAAGUGUUUUAAGAAAGGCCUCAAAGGAAAGGGGUUUGUGUUGUUGAUUAAACUGGCUUGUACUGUUGUGGCUUCCUUCAUUCUCUGCUGGCUGCCAUUCUUUACAGAAAGGGAACAAACCUUGCAAGUUCUAAGAAGACUCUUUCCAGUUGAUCGUGGACUAUUUGAGGAUAAAGUAGCCAAUAUUUGGUGCACCUUCAGUGUCUUUCUGAAGAUCAGGGAUAUUUUGCCGCAUCACAUCCAGAUAAUGAUCAGCUUUUGUUUUACAUUUUUGAGCCUGCUUCCUGCAUGUAUAAAAUUGACACUUCACCCCUCUCCCAAAGGAUUCAAAUUUACUCUGGUUAGCUGUGCACUGUCAUUCUUUCUAUUUUCUUUCCAAGUACAUGAAAAGUCCAUUCUUUUGGUAUCAUUUCCAGUCUGCUUAGUUCUAAGGGAAAUUCCUUUUAUGUCUACUUGGUUUUUACUUGUGUCAACAUUUAGUAUGCUGCCUCUUCUAUUGAAGGACGAACUCCUAAUGCCCUCAGUCGUGACAGUGGUGGCAUUUUUCAUGGCUUGUGCAACCUCCUUUUCAAUAUUUGAAAAGACUUCUGAAGAAGGACUGCAGUUGAAAUCCUUUUCCAUUUCUGUUAGGAAAUAUUUUCCAUGUUUUACAUUUCUUCCCAGAAUGAUACAACAUUUGUUUCUUAUCUCAGUAAUCAUUAUGGUCCUUCUAACACUGAUGACUGUCACACUGGAUCCUCCUCAGAAACUACCGGACUUAUUUUCUGUAUUGGUGUGUUUUGUAUCCUGCUUAAACUUCCUGUUCUUCUUGGUAUACUUCAACAUUAUAAUCAUGUGGGAUUCCAAAGCCGGAAGAAAUCAGAAGAAAAUCAACUAGCUAUAUCCCCAAAGAAAUGUGAAAGUAUUAAUAGUGCUACAAGCUUUUGUGAAAUUUUUGCCGUGUAUAAAAAGAAAUGAUCAUUUUGAGAAUCAUGGAAUUAUAGGUAAGGAGGUGGUGAAAAGUCAUUGUUGUCUACACAAAAUAAAUGUAUAUGGGGACCAAA